AUGACCUCUUUUGGAGGGGGAUUACAAUCUCUUUUGGAGGGGGAUUACAAUUUGUUGCAUGUAGAUUUGACACAACCAAGAGCAUUUACAAACUACAGAGAAGAAGAUUUCCCAAAGCAAAUUUCGCAAAGUGGUGAAUUUAUAUCAUUAAAAGAAGUUAUACUUCAAGUUUCAAUAUACCACCCCAUUAGACCAAGAAAAACAUUUGAGUUUUUAGUAUUGGGUUCAACUAAAUUAUCAGAGUUAAGAGAUAAAAUAUACUGCCUUAGUGAUCAUGUGUUGGAUGCAAGCCAAAGAAAAUCAGGUUUCUUUUUUAUUAAUAAUACUUUUUACAAUGACACUAGAAUUCCAGAGAAUUAUAUAUAUAGCAAAUUCAUUUUGGACUGGUUAAAUGAAAAAAAUAGAGCAACUCAUCAGUUAAAAGAAAAAAAAAUGGAAGAUACCUAUUUUAGAGAUUUAAAAAUAUCACUUGGAGAAAAGUAUUUAUAUUGUCAUCAAGGUUCUUGUGAACAUUUUAUAGUAUUCGAACAACUUCGUAUGGUCAAUGAAAGAGAUGAACCCGAUCCAAAGAAAUAUCCAUUAAUUUUAUUCCAAAUGAAACAUCGUAGAAGAAAGUGUAGAGUGUGCGAAAUUUAUCCAGCGAAAUAUGUUACAUUAGGGGAUCAAUAUUGCGACGAAACACCAUUCUUUUAUUGUGAUGAGUGUUAUAAAGGUUUCCAUUAUACAAAGGGCGGUAUAUUAUUAUAUAGCAAUUAUCAAGUGUUCCAAUAUUAUCAUGAAUAG